GUGAUCUGGUUGUGUGCUUGCCUUGUUCAUUCUCCUCUCUGGUCGCCACACCCUUUUUGCCUCGUCAAAAUACCUUUGAUAUAACACUCUCAUCAUGGACGUUCUUUGCCGAAAGCUCUAUGACUGCAACAUCAGCUUCACCCCUUCAAAUUCAAUAGAAGAGCUGUUCAGGAACCUGGGAGACCCCCUAGACAACGAUAAGAAUUGUUCCAGCAAUAUAGACGAGAUAGAUGCCAAGUACCGACGAGUUCUACAGGAUUUUUUGAAAAAGGCAGCUUCUUCUCCCCCGAACCAUCCACAUUUCUCAACCUUCAUAGCGGUCGCCCACCAAGUUCUCGCAUGUAACCAUAGUCUACAUGUUGCCUUUGUUGAACGCCUAGCUCACAUGGUAAUUCAUACUGGAACCUACUACCCAGGACCCUAUGAACGAGAUUUCUUUUCAGCGUGCAAAUGGAUAUACCAGGGCAGGAAAAUACAAGAGCUGGCAGCACUGAAUACGGAGGCCGAUCACAGCGGAGACAAGAAUGGCAGGGACGACAAUGACGGGACCGAAAAUAGUAGCAUCGCCGACGGAAGGAGCGAUUUCAGCGGGAUCGCCGACAGAAGCAGCAACUACAACGGGAUCGCCGAGGGCAAGAGAGAGAAUGGUGGGGACGCUACUAGUAUAGGUAGCAAUGGUAGGAGCGACAACUUUCCGGACAGCAAUGGAAGUGACGAUAAUGAUAGGGGCAAUAACGAUAGGAGCAACAAUGACAGACACGACAUCUAUGAAGCAUCUCCAGUUCCUAACUCCUACAACUCCUACAACUCCCACAACUCCCACAACUCCCACAACUCCCCAGCGUCGCCGACCAGACAAUGCGCCCGAUGUGGUGCUUUGAAACUAUUUCUAACCUGCGGCGACUGUCUAUUGAAAAGGGGUACUCAGAUUACCAUGAGCACGGUCUAUUGUAGCCGGAGAUGCCAAGAAUUAGACUGGCCGGCCCAUAAGCCGGUAUGCGUCAAUCGCAAGCAGCUCAUGCGAGCUGUGUCCUUCAUGGAUAGCUUAUUUCGCAUCAUGGAAGCUAAAGCAACUACCCUUCUGCUUAAGUCAUGCUGGGAAGAACGCGGCAUGGCGAUGUUGAAAGAACACAAGCCAUAUCUAUUGGCCAUGCUUGGCUCUUACAUGACGCGACCGUUUCCCUUUGACGGAUUCUCUACAGAGCGACAUGCAAUAAUGGUCCAGAGUGAUCAGUAUGUCCGGGAGAUGAUGUACUUGAUUGGCCCGUUAAAGGCAUUGUUCUUAGACGACCUAUGUCAAGACUUUAAGAUAGUCACCAUCCUCGUCAAGAAUGCCGAUCGCCCACUUUGCCGCAAACUCGAACAUGACAUAGAAAAGUCUAGCAUGAUGGACCCCCACAGUGUUCUUCGAUUAACACUUCCAUCUGGAGAGAAAUUCGCCGUCGACCUUGCCGCAGGACGAUUCGGAUGGGAUGAGAAGAUGAUGCACUGGAAUCGUUUUGAAGAAGAACGAAUCUGGAAAAUUGUCGAGAUAACUCGCACGAUCCCACUCGACUUCAGAGACCCCUAUAUCCCCGCGGCGCAGUCCAUCCUCAUCCACAAGGAAAUACUAGCCGACCUAGUCGGCCACAUCAAUUUUCGCAUGCACUUUGGCAGGGACAGAUCGUCUACCACCCUAGAUAUCAUAACAAGAGUUGACACGGAAGAGUUCUUCGAUUGGCAGUUGGAUCUCCUUGAGAGAGCAAUAGAUCUCUGCGAAGAGAUGUUCACGAUACGCUUGGACAAUCACCGCGGCUAUAUGUACCUCACCCCGGAAUUCGACUUGUGUGUCACAGCUGAACGAUCAGACUAUGACGCCAUACAGGGUGUCUGGAUGCCGGAGGAAGAAAUUAUACGGCUUGAGGGUGAGAGCGAGGAAUCGCUGAAGAAGAUCUGGAAGGCCCGUCUUGAAGAAUUUCGUAUUAGAUUCAAGCGCGCUGCAAUACAGAUCGAGGAAGUGCGUAUAGGUUGA